AUGACAACUUGUCAGUCGACAGGGAAUACGAGGUCCGACAAAUGACGGCCGAACUUCGAAAUCAAACUUUAGGUUGGAAACGAGCAGGCAUGUUGAGCAACAGGCUCCUUCAAGAGUUGACUUUCUCCGGACCGGAAGAGAAAGAACUCGUCUCGCAAGAUAUGAAAUUGAGGGCUACACGGAGAAAAUUCGAGUUUGGCAUUCAAGCCCUUGCAAAAAUCUUGAACGUGUAUCCCUUCAUGUACGAAUGGAUUGGAAAAAUGCUCUGCAAACACUUUGGUAAAAACGUUGCCGUUAAAUUUUUGAACCGAGUGAGCCCAAUGGUUGCAGAUUGUCCAAGCCCCUCCGCUGCACCUCAUCAUCAUCGCCAUGGUCAUAAGAAGAGGGCCAAACCAUCACCACAACCACAGCCAACUCCCCCACCACCUCCUCCUCCUCCUCAAGAUAUUCCACCGUCCCGCAGCAAAGUUACGAUAAAUGAACCACUUUCGCCCACAUCGUCUGCAAAAUCCAUCAGAAAGGGGACAAAGUGGGAAAUUAGUGGAACGAUGACGCAACAAACUCGGUUAACAAUUAGUGCAGCCACCACUACCAGAAAAUCAGGUUCGACUCCAUUACGGUCAGCAUUAAGUGCUGGUCCCCAAAAAUCUAAAAUGAGGGGAACAAGAGCAACUAUUGGUCACACUACGACCAAACUAUUCACACCAGAUCCUCCUCCACCACCCCCACCACCACCAGUAUUUGAUGAAUUUGACGAACUUCCCAAGAGGACACAAUCUGAGGAAGCUAUCCUACGAAACGUCGCAAAGGCUGUUGAAGGGAAUAGAAGACAGUUUGUGGAGGAGAGACAGCAGAAUCAGAUAGCAAGAAAUAUGGGGGGUUUUGGAAUGAAAAGGUUAACUCCAACAGUAGCAGUGCCUGAGCCACAGAUUGAUCUAGGAACGCAGCCCCCUGUUGACCCUGAGGAGGAGGAAGAAGAAGAAGGCGAAUUAGGAUCCAAUUCGUCGACCCCAACCAAAGGAAGCUCUUCUGGGGACUUAAUGAUGGAGAAAUUGUAUGGGUCGUCAUUAUGGAUAGUAGACGCUGGACAAUUGCCGUUGCUCGGUGUGGACGAUCUAGAGACGGAGGGGGAAAUAGACGGUGAAAAUAACGCGCAGGAAGAUGGGCUCGAAAGUAUUGUGGAACAUCCUGAAGAGGAAUAUGAAGAAAGUAAGGAAGAGGCAGCAUGAGACAUUGCAUAAUUAAGUCGGCAGCUUAAUUAUCGUUAAUUUAAAGUCUUUGUGUGUGCAAUAAUUAGCGAAUAACUUAAAGAAGUGCAUGUAUAAUAACUUUAGGUUAGUUAGACUAAAAGCAUGUCAAUUAAUUCUAUCUACAUACAUACAUAUGUAUAUUACUAUAUUGAAACAUGCUGCAUAGUGUAAAGUGCAAUAAUUACCAAGAGCAUUAAAAGUGACCCAUCUUCCUGAGAAUAUGUAUAGUGCUGUGAUCGUGCUUGUCGUGUGUAUUAUGAAAAGUGUUAUUGUGACCUGAUUGUAAAAAUGUGAUGUGAUCGUGAA